CGUGGCCGUGCGCGCUCCCUGCUCUUGUGUGACUCAGUGAGAUUCAGUGGUGGUUAGGUGAAUAUUCAGAUAGCUUAGCUAACCUACAGCCACGCCGGCUUUUUCGGUUGCUGGAAAACAUCACUGCUUUAGACAACAUGUCCAAACUAGAGCAAGUAUUAAUCCUCGACCCGCCGUCUGACCUGAAAUUCAAAGGCCCGUUCACAGAUGUAGUGACUACCAACCUCAAGCUCCGAAACCCAUCCGAAAAAAAAGUGUGCUUCAAGGUGAAGACAACUGCGCCACGUCGCUACUGCGUGCGGCCCAACAGCGGCUCCAUCGAUCCUGGUUCCUCAGUCAUUAUCUCUGUAAUGCUGCAGCCUUUUGACUACGACCCAAAUGAAAAAAGUAAACAUAAAUUCAUGGUCCAGACCAUUUAUGCGCCAUCCAACAUAACCGACCUGGAAGCAGUGUGGAAGGAUGCAAAGCCAGAGGACCUCAUGGACUCUAAGCUCAGAUGUGUUUUUGAGCUGCCUUCAGAAAAUGAUAAAAUGAAUGACGUAGACCCGACCAAAGCUGCCCCCGUCCUUAACUCCUCCAAGGCAGAUAGCACAUCAGCAGCCAAGCCCAGCAGCAUGGAUGACACAGAGAUGAGAAAGCUGUUGGAUGAGUGCAAGAGGCUGCAGUCAGAAGUGAGCAAACUUGGAGAUGAGAACCGGCAACUUAAGGAUGAAGGUUUGCGGAUGAGGAAGGCCCAGCGCUCAGAAAACAUGGUCUCAAACACGGCAGGCAUGAUGAGGAAGGAAACCAGUUCCAAAUCGCUCCCCUCACUGCUUGUUGUUAUUGCAGCUAUCUUCAUUGGAUUCUUCUUGGGGAAGUUUGUGUUGUAGGAUAAAUGCGUGUUCUGCCCAGCUCCUUCCAGUGUCUUCUGGGUCUGAGGGGCGAAACGUGUGUUCUUGUCGUUCAGCGUCGCAUCAGUGCUAGUCUGGCCUAAGGCGGCGGGAAAAAUGCGUCUGUGUACAGAAUCAUUCAAACAGGCCUUGCCUUUUUGCAAUCUCACACGAUUAGUACACAUACACUCUCAGAAAAGAGAAGAACAAAGUCUCAUCUUUUUUCCUCCCAUAUCGGUUUUUUUUCUGUUGUGGUGGUGGUGAAGGGGUAUUUUCUUUUUUUCCUUCCAAGGGUUUGACAGGUUUAACUGUACAUUUAUUAAUCAUCAGUUGCAGUCAAAUUGCCGGCACUGUGUAGAGACCUUUAUGAUAAUGGGAAAAAAAAAAAAAAAAAAUUCUAUGAUGAAUAAAUAAAAUUAAUUGUCCUUGCUUUCUUUAUGUGGUUUAAUAAGUGUUGGAAUGUUUUAAGUGUCUUGUACAUGUCAUUCUAAUCCUUUAUGAAAAUUUAAAACCGAAAAAGAAAAACAAAAAGAUGCUGCGUGUUGCUGGUUGGCCUCUUCACAGUGAAACUGAGCUUCAGAUUUACAAUAAUUUUAUUUUCUUGAAUGUGAAGAAUUCAGCUGAGAGACUGUGCCUCCUUCCACGUUCAUUAUUUUUCUCUCAGUCACCUGACAGACACAUCUUACUCUUACAUUAAAGUCUUAGCAUUUAUUUUAUGCAAAUUAUAUACUCGUUUGUGAGGCAACUGUUAACUGAAACAUGACCACUCUGACUGUAUAUGGUAUUUAACAUUGAGCCACUGGGAAAUAAGAGAAAUUAAAAUUAAAUAAAAAUAUCUAACAUUCU